UUUCACCUAAUAAUAAAUCAUCUAAGGCAUUUCUCUCUUCCACUACGCUGCUUGCUUAGCUUUGAACAUCUUUCUGUCUCUGCUCUAUCACCCUUUACACCCAUGGCAAAGGUGAAGAUCGGAAUCAACGGAUUCGGUAGGAUCGGUAGAUUGGUGGCUAGAGUUGCUCUGCAGAGGGACGAUGUUGAACUCGUUGCUGUUAAUGAUCCUUUUAUCAGUACUGAUUACAUGACAUAUAUGUUUAGGUACGACAGUGUUCACGGUCAAUGGAAGCAUAACGAGCUCAAAGUAAAGGAUUCAAAGACCCUUCUCUUUGGCGAGAAGCCAGUUACCGUUUUCGGUAUUAGGAACCCAGAGGAGAUCCCAUGGGGUGAGACCGGAGCCGAAUACAUUGUUGAGUCAACUGGAGUGUUCACUGACAAAGACAAGGCUGCUGCCCACUUGAAGGGUGGCGCUAAGAAAGUAAUCAUCUCAGCCCCCAGCAAAGAUGCUCCUAUGUUUGUUGUGGGUGUUAAUGAGAAGGAAUACAAGCCAGAAUACGACAUUAUUUCCAAUGCUAGCUGCACCACCAACUGCCUUGCUCCCCUUGCUAAGGUCAUUCAUGACAAAUUCGGCAUUGUUGAGGGUCUUAUGACAACUGUUCAUUCCAUUACUGCCACACAAAAAACUGUGGAUGGUCCAUCAAUGAAGGACUGGAGAGGAGGAAGAGCUGCUUCAUUCAACAUCAUUCCUAGCAGUACUGGAGCUGCAAAGGCUGUUGGUAAGGUGCUGCCUGCCUUGAAUGGAAAAUUAACUGGAAUGGCUUUUCGUGUUCCCACUGUUAAUGUCUCAGUGGUUGACCUCACAGUAAGACUUGAGAAGGCAGCCUCCUACGAGGAAAUCAAAGCUGCUGUCAAGGAGGCAUCUGAGGGAGAACUGAAGGGAAUCUUGGGUUACACUGAAGAAGACUUGGUUUCCACCGACUUGGUUGGUGACAGCAGGUCAAGUAUCUUCGAUGCAAAAGCUGGAAUUGCUCUGAAUGAAAAGUUUGCCAAGCUUGUCUCGUGGUAUGACAAUGAGUGGGGCUACAGCUCCCGUAUUAUUGACCUGAUUGUUCACGUGUCAAAAACUAAGUAAGUUGCUUGGCAGUAUUGCUUCGGCUACUAUAUUCUCCGCAUGCUUCCCAUGUUGUUCCAUGUCUACUGUGGGGGCAAUGAGUUAAAAAUAAGCCUUGUUUUGAGACAAUGGCAAUAGCUUUUAUCACUUGGCAGUUGUUUUUAGUUAUCUAGUCUGAGUGAAGCUAUAUCUUGCAUGCAUGUAUGUUUUGUUCUCGAGGAAAUUUGAAUUCUUAAAACUGGCCUUAAUGCUUGCUACUAAUAUAUUUUGCUUCGCUGGAUUUGAAUAUGAAUAUAAAUAUAUGAUCUUUCUUCUUA